CGAGACGAAAACAAAAAGCAGUAUGAAUGGUAAGGGAGGAGAAACCAAGAGGAGGCGGUGAGUCUUUGUAGUCAGUGUGGAAUGCGGAAACGCUCCUGCUCUGUGUCAAACUGCUCUGAAGGGGGUCAAGGCACAUUCAGCCAGCGUGGGAAAGCGAGGAGGAGAGCGAGCACACACACGAGCUUGCAUAUUCCCUGCAUAGAUGGGAAAAACAUAGAGAAGGGCGACUAUUGCAGAUCGAUGAACAUCACGAAUAUCUGAUCCACACUGCCGUCUUGUGAGAGACGAUUUCUUGCUUUCACUUGAUUUGCCAGUUUAGUUGCAGUGCUGUGGUCCCGCUGGAAGAUGGGGGUUAAUAACGCGUGCACCAUCCCACUACCUGUGUGGUCAGUCGCGAGGACACUGAUGUGAUGUGCGUGAACACGCUGCUUUACUCAACUUUAUGAAUGACGCGACACUCAUAAACCGGGCGUUGCACGUGCCAGUGGCGCUCUCCCGUAUAAUGCCUUUGUGAGAUAUCCGCGCGCUCGUCACAUUUCGGGAUUCCCCUCAGUACCUCGCCGUGAGAAUCAUGGACAAAGAGAGCACGACCCCACAAUACGAGCCGGUGGCUGAGAUCGGCGAAGGUGCCUACGGAAAAGUGUAUAAAGCACGGGAUUUGAAGAACGGGGGGCGAUUCGUUGCCCUGAAAAGAGUUCGGGUGCAGACGGAGGAAGAGGGAAUGCCCCUGUCUACCAUCCGCGAGGUGGCGGUACUGAGGCAACUGGAGUCCUUUGAGCAUCCCAAUGUGGUCAGGUUGUUUGAUGUUUGCACAGUUUCCAGGAGUGAUCGGGAAACCAAACUUACUUUGGUUUUUGAACAUGUGGACCAAGAUCUAACUACAUAUUUGGAGAAAGCACCUGAUCCAGGAGUGCCACCUGAAACUAUAAAGGAUAUGAUGUACCAGCUGCUGCAGGGUCUGGAUUUCCUCCACUCCCACCGCGUGGUCCACAGAGAUCUUAAACCUCAGAACAUUCUAGUCACCAGCGGAGGACAGAUCAAGCUGGCUGAUUUUGGUCUGGCGCGCAUCUACAGCUUUCAGAUGGCUCUUACUUCAGUAGUCGUCACGUUGUGGUAUCGAGCUCCAGAGGUGCUGCUUCAGUCCAGCUACGCGACUCCCGUUGAUCUAUGGAGUGUCGGCUGUAUCUUUGCCGAGAUGUUCAGACGACGCCCUCUUUUCCGUGGCAAUUCUGAUGUUGACCAGUUAGGCAAGAUUUUUGACGUGGUAGGUGUCCCUUCUCCAGAAGACUGGCCACAAGAGGUGGGUCUGCCCCAAAGUGCCUUUUCCCCUCGCCCUCCACAGCCCAUAGAGGACCUGGUGCCUGACAUGGAUGAGCUGGGCAAAUCGCUUUUACUUCGUUUUCUGUCCUUUAACCCCUCCAGACGGAUAUCAGCUUAUGAUGCACUGUCUCACCCAUACUUCCAGAGUUUAGACAGCACCAGCAAGAGUCUGUAUGCUCAACCCUUUCCCAGCAAAAAGCCCUCCCUGUAGGAGAGAGCUGCUUAAAGACACUGACUUCAAUUCUAGACACUGGGCUCAAGACCCAUAUUGUCUUCCAUAGCACAACAUCACAUGCUGCUUUCAGGACUUAAUACAUUUAUCAUCGGUUGAUCCUGUCACUACUAAUACAAACCAACAACAGAUAAACAUGCUGCCUGGAAUAACGUUUGAGACUUCAACCGAAUCACAACACUGCCAGCCAGGGAUCGUCCGUCUUGUGGGAUUGACACGUACCGCUCUGUAUUGAGUCUUAGCUGCACAUCACUGCCAGGAUACAGCAUUGCCUUAUGUGAGGUCUUCACGGGUCCACCCAGAUCCAAUGUCCGACCCAAGACCCGAGCGGGUUUGGGUCUAACAGUUUUACGUGUGCCUUGGACCCGGGCCGGGUAUUAUAUUAGCGGUCUCGGGUAAUUUAACAUUUUUGGUGGGGUACAUUUCUUUGGACCUGAGAAGACCUCUAAUGUAAGCUCAUUUCAGUCUUUGAUAUCACAAGCAAGCACCGCAACUACUGCAAAUUUGGGGCCCGUUGAACGGAACCCUUAUAUUUUACACGUUUAAAUACUCGUUUUUUAUGUUCACGCUUGGUGUCAGGCUUGAGGGAACUGUUUCAAGCCGCUUUAAUGACUGCAUAACCAAGGACACGCAGGAUCACUUAGUGUUCGAUUGGUAAUUGCAUUUCACUUUUUACGGCCUUCCAAGUGUCCUUGAGCAUCCUGCCGUGUUCACUAUUGAAUCAGCUGGGAUGGAGCUACCAGACGCUUCAAGUACUAUUUAACAACACAUUUCCUUAUAAUGUUAUUCCACGUGUAUUUUUUUUUUUUCUACAUCCUGUUCAUCUAUUUUAUUAUGUCAGUGUUGAUUGUUGAUCUUUUUUGGCAUGUAUGUCUUAAUUUUAGUGAACUUGAAGGUGUAGGUUGUUGUGUAGAGAGCUAAAUAUUAUUGACUCGUACCAAACAGUCUGCACCCUGGAUUAGUGCCGAGACCGACGUAGUAGAAGGUUGACCCGCACCCGGGUUGCAUGUCGAAUUUAGGGGUUGAAAUAUGCCAAGGUGGAAACAAAAAUUAAUGUAUGAAAGUGUAGGUAUGAGUAGAAAUACAGGUAGUUAUGAAAAGUCUAGUGAAAGUAGUUAUGUUUAAGGUCAGGUUGUGAGAUUUGUUUAAGAGUAUUGGAGAGCGUACAUUAUUCACGUUAUUGAUCGAUGGAGUCUGGGUUAUUUUAUACGCAUUACAUCCUUCAAUUAUCCAUUUCACUGAAUUGUAAAUACAUGAUCAUCACAAUAUAUGUGAUGAGCUGUAAUGUUCGCAUGCUUUUCAUUUGAAGUGUGUGACGGAGAAGAUUGAGGGAUGGAAGGACAGGCGCUGCUUCUGAAUUUAGGUUUAGAUUUAGAUUGUAAGUCUGUUUUAGCAGAUUUAAGGAGUUAUCGGCAGGCACUGUAUUACAAUUUUACAAUGAAAGGUUCAUACAGUUAAGCACUGAUGCUUGAUUCAUACUCUCAGGAUCAGUAUACUGAUUCUGUCACAUUCCAUACUCAGGUCUAUUUAUGACUCUAGUUUUAGUUUCAACAAUGGUUCAGGUUUUAUCUUAACCAUUAAUCUAACAUGGUCUCAGCUUUCCGUUGUCUUGAUUUCAUAUAUAAGUUAGCAGAAUAACCGUUGGGUUAGUUGUGUCAUCGUUCACUCACAUUUCCUUAACUUCACCUACAUUGUUCUGGAAACAUUUUGGAUGGGAUAAUAAAAUAAAUGUGGUCAUUUCACAAUUUAUUUUUUAUUUAUAUAAUAUUAUUAUUAUUAUUAAUAUUAUAUGUUAUGUAUUAGAUCACUGUUUGUACUGUUAACAUUUUUACAAAUACUCUCUGAUUCCCAAUCAGUUGUUCAUAUUCCGAUUAAACUAUAUGUGCGUGUACAAUAUAAUGCACAGAAAAAAUUAUUUGUGUAUGACACCAUCGUCGUCAAAACCUCCACCGAACCGACAUGGUGUGGUUUCACGCUCCUCCAAUGUGUCUUUGAUUGGGUUUGGUGUUUUCAGAGGGCAUUAGAUAUUGAUCAGUGUAAACCAGUAUAACUUUUUUGUUUGUGGGUCUUGUAUAAAACUAAUCUUGGUAAGUCCAGUGAAUAAUUCAUAGUGUUUUAAAUGUGUUAAAUGUUAGGCUUACGAAUGUAUCUUAAUAGUGAUUUGGCAUGAUGUGUGCUUAUCAUGCUGAAAAAAAACCCAGCACCUUGGAUAUGCCCAUCUCAGUGCUUUUCCCCAUGAAAUGUUUUUUUAUUAUUAUUAAACCUGUUGUGGUUUUAUUACAUUUAUGUUUAGCUUCUUUUGCUAUUGUUAAAUGGUUUUAGUUAGUGAUUUUUGUAACUCGUUUGAGUAAUGUAAUCAGAUCAUUUUAAGAUACUUUUCAAACUGAGUGAAAUUGCUGGACAUUGGUACAUAUGAUGUUUUGCUCCCUACUACAAUUUCCUCUACAGUUUUAUUCAAUUUGUUUUUAUUUAUUGACAUUUUGUCUUUGGAUAGUAAUGCUUUGCAUUCUGUCAUUUGUAAUCUAAAUUGUAUCUAAUUGAACAGUGAUGAGCUAAUGGUGCUAAAGCCACGUGUAUCACUGCAGACUUGAACAAUUAUAAUCAGUUAGGCAAAAUUGUUUCCAACAGAACAGUAACAAAAAUGUCUUUUAAAACAUUUUAAAUAUUUUAUCUUUUUAUUGUAUUUUAUUAGUCUUUUUGUCGUAUGGUUUUAUUUCUUCUUUAAUGAUUUAGCAGUGAAACAUACGAUAUAAUUUAUCCCGGACAGAAAAUGCUCAAAACUUGCAAAGCUGGAAAGUUUAACAAAUAAUUCUCAAUAAUGUAAUAUGGUAAUUCACAAUGAAAGACAUUUUCUAAUCAAUGUGCACACAUUUUUUAUCGUCGAGCUGCUGCACAGACACUGUAUGAAAUUAAUUAUUCUCAUUACAUAAGACUCAUAAUGCUGUUUUAUUAGCAGCUUAAAAAUAAUUGUAUAUUAUUCUUUAAAAAUCAACCGUUAUAUAACACUUUGGAGUGCAUGAUAUGUAUUUGGUUCAUUCUACAAAGUGAAAAAUUCAGCAAACCGAGAGGUUGUAUCUUCAUUUUCUAAUCAUUAUAUUUAUCCUAUUUCUUAUAAUGUUUUUGUCUUUCUUUUAAGGAUUCAUAUUAUCGUUAAAAAAAAUAAUUAUUUUAAAAAUCUUUUACCUGUGCACAUUGAUUAGAAGUUUAACGUUUUGUUCAGGGUUUUUUUUUUUGUGGUGUGUAUUGUUAUGUUAAUAUUUUUCCUUUCCACGUUGGCUGGCUAGAAAUGAAAAGUAUCAAAUAUUAUAUUUUAGCUUUUAUGCUGUCAGCUUUUAGUAAAAUGCUUUUGUUAUGGGGAUAAAGAAAUGCAUCAAGAACUUUUGUCUUUAUCAGUGCUUUAAUUCAAAUUUUCUUUGAUCUGUGUACGUAAUUCAGAGUUAAAAUCAUUUUGCAAUUUUUAUUUUUUUGCAAGUAAGGAUUAAGGUCACAGUGUGUACUAUCAUCUGUAUGUGACAAAUCUUUUGUCUGGUUGAUUUACGUCUUGAAUAGUCUAUUAAUUAUGGUAUAUCAUGUUUUAAAUAGAAUGUGAUGCCUUUUAAAAUGAAAUACUGAAGUUCGAAGUUAAUUUCUUUUAAGCUAUGUUCGUAUGUUAAAACAGCACAUUUUUUUGAAUUUAAGAUUUUUAUUGCUAAAUUCAGUUCAUUUAGCUCCUUUGUAAGAAUUGUAAAAUUUUGCAAGAACCAAACUGAAAUGAAAAUGUUGGUCACAGUGCCCUUUUUAUAUGACCAUGUUAGUUUUGUUUGUUUGUUUGUUUGUUUGUUUGUUUGUUUGUUCAAAGAAGGGUGAAUGAUGUAUGGUAGUGUUUUGUUUUCUGUGGACUCGUUUUGCUGCUAAAGUUUGUCUUAGGCUCUGGCUCCUGUAUGAUUUGUAUUAAACUGGCCCACCUAAAGAUGAUUCCAAUUUGCCAUUGAGAAAAGCUGCUUCUGCCUUUUUGUAUCUGCCUGACGUUUUCAUAUUUUUGUAAAAUAAAUAUUCCAGUGUGUAAAA